UGUCAGAUGUUUGCUCACACCGAACACUUCACAGUGGCCUAGACUACUGUACGGCGCUAGUGACCCACCGAUCAGUGUAUAAGUUACACGCCUUGUGCUGACUGCUAGUGUAUAUUUUCUGAAGACAGUGAAGUCGCUUGCUGAGUUAAUUUCCACGUGUUGGUUGGGUGAACAUUACAAUCCCAACACUUGCUCUCAUAACUUGGUGCUAAAUAAUCUUGAUAGUUGAUUAGAAACAGAAGAUAAACAACAUAGCGAACAGGAAUAACAGUAAAAGUGGUUGGGAACAGCUGUGUCAUUCUUCUUCCGGCAAUUAGCUGUACAACUAUGCCGCUCCCAGAAGAGGACGUGUUGGUGCAGAAGAUUUUGCAUGAGAUGAAUAAAAAGGCCUCGUGUGCUGUCAACCAGAAAAAAAAUAUGGUGAACAAGCUGGUGAAAGAACUGAAUCAUCGCCUGCAGGAGGAGACGGACAUUCUGAAGGGCACCACCAUCAGGCGCUGUGGCACUGCCUAUGAAAACCUCACUGUUGGUAUGGAGGAAGACUUUGAUUUGAUCUUAGUGCUUGGAGAACCCUUUGUCAGUAGCAACUUUAAGAUAACUCGGGAGGAGAGAUCAAAGUACCGAUAUUACAGUCUGAACAAAAAAAGGAAUGUGAAUAUCAAUAAGAAGAAGAACUUCUGUAGCAACAGGCGUAACUUGAACAGUGAGGCUCUACGUAUCCACAUCUUCGAAAGGCUGGAGCAGAUUCUGAGGACCAUCACAGUGCAGGGUGUGUCAGUGACGUCAAUCCCACAGUCUCCUGCCAUGAAGCUGAACCUUCGUAGUAAGAAAGGAAGGACGAUUGAGAUAGAUAUAACACCUCAGAUUGCUCUUAGUUCCUGGGAUGAGUGUCCUGGCCUGGUGCCUCUGUAUACUCUCCCUCAGUGCCUUAAGGACUACAUUGAGGGAAGUGAUGGAAACGGGUCACCAGUUCUGUACUUCACGCCAGCAGCACCAAGGACUCAGAGGUCGCCUUCCCAUCCUAUCUGCAAUAUGGUUGGCUGCUACAUGAUGGAGAAAAAGUUUUUUAGGGAGGAAACUGCAAUUUGGGACAUGGUGAGGUUGGCUAAGCUCGUCAAAGAUAAUCGUAACUGGACAACGGAGUAUGGUCUAAAAUCCUUUCAUCUGAAGCGUCUGGCCAUCAAGAAUGCCAACACACUGAGGUCCAUGACGCCCUGGAAUGGCUACAAGGCUUUACUGAAAUGCAUAGACAGGGAGCUAAAGGCUUGUAGUGGACUGACCGACUGUUUUGUGGAGAAACAGUUCAUAUACUACGAGAAACAUCUCGGUAAAGUGAGGAAGCUCCGGCGGGCGCUGACUGAGGCACAACAGCUGACACCAGAAGACCUGAAAGCUAUGGUGUAGUGACAGAAGAAUGUAGUUUGAUUUUUUUUUUGUCACUAUUGCAAAAUAUUGAUACAGUAAUCGUAAAUUACAACUCUGAGCCAAGAGUGCGAUCCUGAGGCCAUAAAGGCUUAUAUGCCCCCUCCUGAGUACUGUACAGGGUGGAUCACUUAGUCAUGUUGUCAAUAUUAAGAGUUAAAACACCAAGUUCUCUAGUUAUCCUUGCUGAGGAACUGCCACAUUUUGGCUAGUCAAAGAUGGAGUAAAUAUGGCCUUAUUUCUUUUACAUACUGAUUCCAUUACUAAAUAGAGCCCCAUCAUAUGAAUUCCCCCAAAUUAUUACAUUACUGUACCUGGAAUAGCUACCGUAACCUCCAGUCCGUGGUAUUCUCAUUUCUGCAUCAUUGUUUUGCGUAAAUUACUGGAAGAUUACUCUAUAUUCCUAGAGGUAUAGGUGUGAAACAAUAUAUUGGAAUCAUUUGAAGGUGAAAUAAGUUAGUUAUUAAAGGAACAAAGGAUUUGGAAAUAUUUAGGAAUUUCUUCUGUACCUUUUGUGUGAACCAAAUCCUUAAACAAACUGUUACUGGCCUUGGUAGAUAUUAAUGUUAUAAUAUUAUACUAUAGACCAAAGUUUAGGCAUAUAUUUAUCUGAUAACACUUUCCUAGUUGUCACCUGGAACUGGAAAGGUGAUCUUAUACUGUACAAACCAUUCUACUCUUCAGUUACAUUCCACUGUUUUUCAUAUACAGUUUUAGGUUAUACUGUAGAUAAAAACCCUAAGUGCAUUUGGUAUGUACAGUUUACAAUGUUUAUUUCUUCCAGGUAUUGGUGAUAAUAACUAGAAUAUUAUUUCUCUGAUUCUUUGGUAGCUAUUCCUAAGGAUGAAUGAGAGCAAAAACCUAUACGUACAUUUAUAUUGAUUAAGUAUGGAGUUAUUUCACUACCCCAAAACAUGUUAUUGUACCUUAUUAUUCCUGUUUUUUACUUCUGGUGAGGGAACCUUUCUCUUCAUACUAAAAGGUUAAUCAGAUGACAGCAAUGGUGAUGAGAAUGACAGCAGUGAUAAUAAGAACACAGUAACAUGAUGAUAAUGACAAUAGUGAUGAUAAGAUAAGAAUGACAAUAGUGAUGAUAAGAUAAGAAUGACAACAGGGAUGACAAAUUUUCGGGUACCUAAAAUUAAUAAAUAAUAUUUUGGUA